CUUAGGUAUUUUUAAGAUAAUUAACAGAGCAUGAAAAGAGAUUCUGGAACAAUCUGCUCAUGCACAGACUAUAUAUAAGACCCAUGUUGGAACUUAACGCUGGCCAUCCGAUCCUUCUUUUUCCCUUUGGUGCUUUCAUUUAAACUUGCAGCUUUUGUAACUUUUUCCUUACCUGCAGAAAUUGGGAGUGGCUUAGGAUCAAAGAUCUAAUGGAAAAUAUCCUGAAGGAGCUGUUCCAUCUGAAGGUUCUCCUGCUGCUGAUCAUUGCUACAGGGAUGGGAGGAACAUUUCAGCAUGGUCUCAAUAUGUCCCUCAUUAACGCACCAUCAAUUUACAUUAAGUACUUUAUCAAUGAGACCUGGUUGGAACGAUAUGGCACUGUGAUGGAAGAGCAGCUAAUAUUAACAAUCUGGUCGGUCAUUGUAUCAAUGUAUCCAAUCGGAGCUAUUUUUGGAGCAUUCAUUGCCGGGCAUCUGGCAGCAAGAUACGGAAGGAAGAACAGUCUGAUAUUCAACAAUGUUGUGGCAAUAGUGGGAGCUGUAAUAGUGGGUUUCAGCAGGAUGGCAAAGUCCUUUGAGAUGAUCCUUGUGGCGAGAUUCCUGUAUGGAGUAAAUGCAGGGAAUGGUAUGAAUAUUCAUUGUAUGUACCUUAUGGAAUGUUCUCCAAAGAAGUUACGAGGCCUUGUGACCAUCACCACAGCAAUAUUCAUUUCCCUGGGUAAAUGCAUAGGACAGAUCAUUGGACUCAGAGAGAUUUUAGGCAGUGAAAGUGUAUGGCCUUUAUUGAUGGCCUUCAAUGCCAUACCUGCCUUUAUACAGCUUGUUAUCCUGCCCUGGUUUCCAGAGAGCCCCAGAUACCUCCUGAUUGACAAAGGAAACAGGGCUUUGUCCAUAAAUGCACUUCAAAGACUAUGGGGCAAACGUGACUUUGGUCAAGAGCUUGAAGAAAUGCAAGCUGAACAGACUGCGAUAAAGGGUGGAAGAUCAAGAAGUGUGUGGGAGCUCUGCAGGGAUCCCGCCGUUCGAACCCAACUGAUUAUCAACACAAUGUUGUCAUUUUUUAUGCAGCUCAGUGGCAUUAAUGCUAUCUAUUCAUACGCCUUUGAGAUUUUCUAUGCGACAGGAAUUUCCAGGAAUAUGAUCCCGUACGUGUCCAUCGGAACCGGGCUGAUUGAAACCCUCAUGUUGAUGAUCUGUGGUUUCUUCGUUGAACGAACUGGAAGAAAAUCCCUCUUCUGUGGGGGAUUAGGCUUCAUGGGCCUAUGGACAGCACUUUUGACGAUCUCCUUUGCUCUGCAGAGUCUUGUCAGCUGGAUGCCGUACUGCAGCCUUGUCUUUAUUUUCGCUUACGUUCUCAGCUACGGACUUGGUCCAGGUGGAGUGGCUCUCAUCUUACCCUCGGAAAUAUUCCUGCAGUCGGAUCGGCCGGCUGGCUUUGUCAUCAACGGCUUUCUCAACUGGCUUGGCCUUUUCCUUCUCACGAUGUUGUUCUCCUUCCUGGUUGACCGUCUGGGCUACUUCUGCUUCCUGAUUUUCAGUGGAGUCUGCUUGAUGCUCACUUUCCUGGGCUACUACAUCAUAAUCGAAACAAGGGGCAAGACACCACUCGAAAUCACUGAAGAAUUCAAGAACAGAAAGUUCUUCCAAAAUGCAAUGCUCCAGGUGUCACCCAAUGGUUCACUCCCACAAAGCACUGUGGAGAUUAUCAUGUCAACUGCAUUCUAAUCUCUGGAAAAUGUCCUUCAAGAGAAGCGGAACUGAGCAGCAAAGUUGUACAUUGUAUCGUGUGAUAAACCCUGUGCUCCUGACAAAGGAAGAGUUUUUAUUUAGUCAAAAAUUAUACUGGUUGCCUAUAGUGCCGAAUGGUGGACAACAGGCCAAGGCUGUCACCUGGAUGAAGUGCCCCUUUCGUCCAACUGCAGGCACGCACCCUACCUGCGCAAUUAUCCAUGUUAUAAUGUUAUAUUUAUAAUUGUUUUUUUAAGACAGAUUUUUAUAUCAAAAGAAAUCAGGUAGUCACUCAAAAGUCUUUAAUAGAAUAGUUCUAGCAGUAUGUGUAAGGUCUGUUUCCAUGGUAACUUCAGUCUUCUGCUAAAUUUUAUCAACAAGCACCUGAUUGGAUGUUGUUGCAAUACCCUCAUUAUUGAUGAAUUUAAACUGCUAGCGUGAGAAACUGACAUACUCAUUGGGAGUUGCUUUAUAUCUUUUUAUCGAAAUGGAAAUGGGCUAUGUACAUCUUACUGGGGUCAUUCUUAGUUUUAAAAUACAUGUAGCACUUUCACUUCAGUUUUCUUUCUGCUAUAGCAGUGCUGGGAUCCAAAUCUUGCUGGUUCAGUACAUCAUAACUUAACAUUUCCUUUUCUCUUUGUGUAAGAUCAGCAUUUUAUUAUUCGCUGACAGGCGACAACUCACCUGGUAAAAAACUAAACCCGGGCAGUCUCCAGCAUCCGGGUCCACAUCCACACGAAACAGAAACGUUCCUUCUUCAGCGGCAGCUACCCCCAGCCUUCUGUCCCAGAAGGAUGGUGGUGACACUUGUAGUCCCCCCACUGUCAUGCUCCAUGUAGACCAUGGGAGAUGCAUAAUGCUGCUUUAAUAUACUGGAACCCCUGCUGACAGCCCCGAGGCAGAGCCUUCAUUUGAUAAUUACCCACCAUCUAUACAGGCCAGAUAGGGACUGCAGACUUUGCUGGAAAGGGUGAAAUAAAAUAACAUUCCCACCAGUAGGUGUCAGGUGGUAACCAUUCCAAGCAAGGAAAGUCCUACCGAAAUUCAAAGUAAAUUUUAUUAUCAAAGUACGUAUAUGUCACCAUAUACAAUCCUGAGAUAACUAUAACAGGAUCAAUUAAAAAAAAAAUCAACUCGAGUGCAGAAGACAACAAACUGUGCAAAUGCAAAUAUAAAUAAAUAGCAAUAAAUAACGAGAACAUGAGAUAAUGAGGUGAAGAGUUCUUAACAUUGAGGUCAUUGGUUGUGGGAGCAUUUCCAUGAUGGGGCAAGUGAAGUUGAGUGUGGUUAUCCCCUUUUGCUUAAGAGUCUGAUGGUUGAGGGGCAGUAACCAUUCUCGAACCUGGUGGUGUGAAUCCUGAGGCUCUUGUACCUUCUACCUGAUGGCAGCAGCGAGAAGGGAGCAUGGUCUGGGUGGUGGGGAUCUCUGACGAUGGAUGCUGCCUGCCUUAGUUGCAUUGAGUUGCUACAACUUCGUACCACAUACCCUGCCUCUGCUUUGUUCCCUAUCAAUUUUUUCAAAUGUUGGCAAUGACCAGAAACCUAAGUAGAUGAGUGAUAUCUACAAGAGCAGGGCAGAACUAUGGUUCUUUAUAAUGAAAGGCUCAUCUUCUGGUCCCUGACAGACUCUCCACCUUUUCACAGGCACUUGCCAGGAAUGUAUUAAUAUUCAUCAUUCAUAUAGCUAGGGCAACAGUACUGGCAAUCAACAAAACCAAAGCCACCAAACGUCCCAUUUGAUGAGAGUCUGUACUUGUGAACAGAAUCUCCACUGCACAGAUAUGCACUCCGGAAUGCAAUCUAGAGUUUACAAAUUCAAAUCUUCUCAUGACACAACAGGGGUAAUAUAUACUUAGUGCCACUUUAUCACGGACACCUCAAUAAUGCAAAUAUUUAAUCAGCCAAUCAUUGGCAGCAACUCAAUGCGUAGAAGCAUGCAGACAUGGUCAUGAGGUUCAGAUGUUCAGACCAACUGCCUUGUUAAAGAGAGGUCCUGUUACCUUCCUGUCUGCUUGAAACAGUCUGACCAUUCUCCUCUGACCUCUCUCAUUAAGAAGGCCUUUUCAACCACAGAAUUGCCACUCAUUGGAUAUUUUUCAUUUUUCAUACCAUUCUGUAUAAACUCUACCGUUGUGCAUGAAAAUCACAGGGGAUCUGCAGUUUCUGAGAUACCCAAACCACCCUGCCUGGCAAUCAUUUCACAGUCAAAGUCACUCAGGUCACAUUUCUUCCCAAUUCUGAUCAACAACUGAAUAUCUUGACCAAAUCCAUACAUUUUUAUGCAUUGAGUUGCUGCCACAAGAUCAGCUGAUUAGAUAUCUGCAUUAACAAGCAAGUGUACCUAAUCAAGUGACCACAGAGUGUAUAGGAAAGUACAUGUAAAACACAACAUGAAGGUUAGCUGCUUAUUCUGGCAUGGUCUAGAUGUGACUGCAACUCAAAGUCACAAUGUUGACUCCAAUUUUUUUCCCCCACACAGAGGGUGGAGGAUAUAUACAACAAGCUGCCAGAGGAGGCUAUGAUUACAACAGUUAAAAGAUAUUUGGGCAGCUUAAUGGAUAAGAGAGGGUCAGAGGGAUAUGGGCCAUAUGCUGGGAGAUCAGACUGGCACAGCAAGGCACCUUAAUCAGCAGGACAAGUUGGGCCAAAGGGCUUGUUUUCCUGCUUCUUAACUCUGACUCCAUGACCCCACAUCAUAACGCAGUUUGGGUGGAGACAAGGAACAGUAAGGCAAUGAAACCACUGGUGGGAAAAGGUACGGACUCCCAGUCACUGAGCUGUAGGGCAGAGCAGUCAUUAAGUAGUACUGGAGUUGGCAGGAACCGUGGUGCACGAACUGUGGGUAAAUUUAAUCUUAACAUAAAGCCAUUUCAUGUUGAUUGACCAACAUUUCCCCAUCACACAAAGCCUGCAAGUCUCUGUCAGUCUGCUGAGGAAGUUGAAUCCCAAUAUCUGCGAAUGCAGGAGUCUGCUAGAGGCCGAAGGUGACCUGCCCUGGGGCUGGAGGACUGCAUAUGUGCAUUGUGGACAUGCUAUGUUGCCAUCGGAAUGUGUGGCAACACUUACAGGCUGUCCCCAGCACAUUGUUGGUUGUUAACACAAAUGAUGAUUUUCACUGUAUGUUUUGGUGUAUUUGUCAUAAAUAAAUGAAUUCUGAAUCUGAAUUUGAGUCACAUGGGAUUAGAAGUGGAAUUCAAAGUGGCUUUCUAAUAAGCACUUUAUGUCCU